AUGCCGGAUAAGUCCAGCCGUGUAGUUUUUCGUGGUGCACGAGGAGUCAGCCCAGCAGGUACACCAAGAUUUUGGAGAGUGACACGAGAAAUAUUCGACGCAGCAGUGCAUCAACGACAGUUUCGUUCUUCUCAGUACAGGAGUACUUCACACAUCCCAGUUGUCCGAAGAACGCCCCGUGAGAGCGAUCAUGUGCGCGGUACACUAGAUGAGAGUAAUGUGAAUGACAGCUACGGUCACUUGCGAAUGAACAGACUCGACAAUGAUGAUUCAGUUCUAUUGAACAGCACAGGACGACAACAAUACGAGUCAGACAUACAUAGACAUCUUUCACCCAAACCACCGACAAGUCCGGGACCAUCUGGACUGGGUCGACCUCAAUGUGAGAAAUGUCUGGAUGAAUAUCGAAAUAAAAAUCGGCUUCGACAUCUUCCUUGUUGUCAUGCGUUCCGCAGGAAGUGCAUCGACGUUUGGUUGAAACGAUCGACGACAUGUCCGAAAUGUCGGGCUGGAGUUCAGAAUGGGUUGGAUCGCUUGAGACUUGCUGGUCUUCAACUGAGGAACAAUCCGUACAGUGUAAGAAGUGCAGCAGCAGCACCUGUACGAGCUAUUCGUCCACGACUGGAUGCUUCUAUUUCAGGUACUCAGGAAGAGAUUCGUACAGUGAAUUCGCACACAUCAACCAGUCGUACUUAUCGUCUUCGGUCGAUGACGGCUCAAUAG